AUGUUAUCCCAAUGCUAUAUCCAGCAUUUGCCCCCUUUUUGCCCAUUUGAUGGCGGUAUGGAAGAUCCUCUGUCCAUGAGAAAACGGGCGGGAAAGGGGCGCCGGGAUAUGUCCCCUGUUCAAAAACCAUCCGAUCCCGCUGUGGACCACAGCACAGCGGUUCCAUUCAAUGCGGAAAACUCUGAACAGAGUGCCGCUCUGCGCAUUUACCCAGGGCCAUGGUCCAAGAAGAGGCGAGGAUCUGUGGGAGCAUACAACUGGCUAAUCGCUGAUCAAUCCGGCUUUCUGGAAGUGUCCAAACUAGACUCGCCACUACCACGGCACAUAGUUCAUCGCCAAUCGAUGAAGAACCUAGAAAGGUUCGAGGAUAUCCGAUGCCAACCCAAACAACAACCCCGAGAAAGUUUGGCGGAAAACCAAUCUUCGAAAGCCCCGGAUUCACCGGCUGUGCAAGGCAGAAAUUCUCUUAAUGAGCAAGCAAUGAUGCGGGACGGAAGGGCUUUGUCGAACGCUGCUUAA